AUGGAAGAGUGUAUUUCUCUAGAUGAACAAAUAUGCCCUACAAAAGCUAGAUCAUAUAUGAAACAAUAUUUACCUAUGAAGCCCCAUAAAUGGGGGUAUAAAUUAUUUGUUCUUUGUGGGUCAUCUGGAUAUGCAUAUGAUUUUGAGUUUUAUACUGGCAACGAAAAUAAUUCGUUUGAAAGAUUAUUUUAUUCUGAACCAGACUUUGGAGCCACGGGAAAUGUCGUUGUCCGGUUGACAAGAUCUAUUCCAAUAAAUAUGCAUCACAAACUAUACUUUGAUAACUAUUACACAUCUAUUCCAGUAAUGGCAUUUUUAGAAAACCGUAAAAUACACACAGUAGGAACUUUUCGUGCAAAUCGGUUUUUUGGAGUUCCGAUAGAUGAUAAAUCUAUGCUAAAAAAACCACGAGGUACGUCUGAAGAAUUUAUCACUGUAUACGAAAAUGUGCCUAUAACAGCAGUCGGGUGGAGGGACAAUAAAGUCGUAAAAGUUGCAUCAACAUAUGUAGGUGAAGUUCCAACUGAUAAAGUUAAAAGACAUGAUCGAAAAACCAGAACUAAUAUUGAAGUUACAAGACCACAGUGCAUAAAUAUUUAUAAUAAGCAUAUGGGCGGCGUUGAUAUGAUGGACUCGAUGAUUGGUCGUUACCGAAUAAAUAUAAGAACUAAAAAAUGGUAUAUGAAAUGCUUCUACCAUUUACUAGACAUGACACUGGUAAACUCUUGGUUAAUUUAUAAAAAACUGCCUGGAAAUAGACUAACUUUGGCAAAAUUCAAAGAGGAAGUUUCAGUUAGUCUUUGUCAACAAUAUAAAAAACCUACAAGAGGAAGACGUUCUUCUUUAGAAAAUCAAUUAAUUAAAAAAAAAAAAAAAACCAACAGCUCAUAUACCAAACGUUGA